GAGAGAUUUAGGUCGUACCUUCUAGAGCCAUUUUUUAGUCUCUUUUGUUAACGGAUACACUAGGAAGAAACCUACUUGAAUGUUCCAAGUUGAAACGUUUUGGGUCUUUCUGCCGCAAAGAAGAAGCAAAGAACACUGAAGCAGAAGCUGAAUCGCCAUGGAAGAAGCUGGUGGCAAGGAGCAAAUCGGGGACGUGAGGUCUGUGGUUGAAGCUGUCUCUUCCAAUGACUACGCCGAUGCCCCUCUUUACCAAGUUGACAGCCUCUGCAUGCGCUGCGGAGAAAACGGCAUCACCAGGUUUCUUUUGACUUUGAUUCCACACUUCAGAAAGAUCUUGUUGUCUGCCUUCGAGUGUCCACAUUGUGGCGAGCGAAACAACGAAGUUCAGUUUGCUGGUGAGCUCCAACCCAAGGGAUGUUCCUAUCGCUUGCAAGUCCCCUCAGGCGAUCCCAAGAUGCUUAACCGCCAAGUAGUGAAGUCUGAGUCUGCUACUAUUAAGAUUCCUGAAUUAGAUUUUGAAAUUCCUCCAGAGGCUCAGCGCGGAACUCUAUCAACGGUUGAAGGGAUAUUGGUACGAGCAGCAGCUGAGUUGGAGGCCCUUCAGGAAGAACGCAAGAAAGUGAAUCUUGAAACUGCUGAAGCAAUAGACCGGUUUUUGUUGAAGCUAAAAGCCUGUGCAAAAGGAGAUUCACCCUUCACUUUCAUUUUGGAUGAUCCUGCUGGAAAUAGCUUCAUUGAGAACCCAUGUGCUCCGUCACAUGAUUCAUCAUUAAGUAUCAACUUUUAUGAGCGUACUCCAGAGCAACAGGCAUUAUUAGGAUAUCUUGUUGACUCAUCACAAGCAGGAGAUCAUAGUGAUGGAGCAUCAAGUAUAGUACCAAAUAAUGCAUCUGAUCAAGUGCAAAGAGAACCACAUUGGUCAAUUGGAGCUUCUGCUGGUCAUAGGGCCAUUGCUCAGAGUAAUAGUUCAGAAAUUGCUGAAGCUUUAUUUCGGUACACUGCACCAGAAGAGGUGAUGGCUUUCCCAUCAACAUGUGGAGCUUGUGCCACCCGGUGUGAGACUCGAAUGUUUGUAACCAAGAUUCCAUAUUUCCAAGAAGUUAUAGUCAUGGCAUCAACCUGUGAUACGUGUGGUUACCGCAAUUCUGAGCUCAAACCUGGUGGAAGAAUUCCAGAAAAAGGGAAGAGAAUUACUCUGUGUGCAAGGAACAUUAAAGAUCUAAGCCGUGAUGUAAUAAAGUCAGAUACUGCUAGUGUGAGAAUACCAGAGCUUGACUUGGAGCUGACAAGUGGAACUCUGGGGGGAGUUGUUACUACUGUUGAAGGCUUGAUUACAAAAAUUAGUGAAAGUCUAGAGAGGGUGCAUGGAUUUACUUUUGGAGAUAGUCUUGAUGAAUACAAGAGGAGCAAGUGGGUAGACUUCAAAUCAAAACUAAACAAGCUUCUGUGUUUUGAGGAGCCUUGGACUCUAAUUCUUGAUGAUGCAUUAGCUAACUCUUUUAUUGCACCAGUGACUGAUGAUAUCAAAGAUGACCAUCAGUUGAUAUUUGAAGAGUAUGAGAGGUCGUGGGAGCAAAAUGAGGAAUUGGGUUUGAACGAUAUCGAUACAUCUUCAGCUGAUGCUGCUUAUAACUUGACAGAUACAACAGUUAAGGAGUUAGAAGGCUAAGCCUGUUUAACAAGUAUGGAAAAAGUGUUAAAUACAAUUUUGGCACUUUGUGCAACUUGAAUAUGUAAUUUUAGUUUAAUUUACAGGAUUUACUUAGUACAACAAAUGAGAAAAAUUGUGUUGUGCCGUUGGACAAAGAAAUCUUUGGGAUUGUUUUGUUAUAUUAUAUCAAUGCUCUGGCUGA